AUGUCAUUUGACCCAAAUGACCUCACCGGGGAUUUGGACGGCCUAAGCCCCGAUGAGCUGGAGGUGUUGCAAGAUUGGGAGGAAAAAUUCAAGGAGAGGUAUCCGAGGGUGGGUCACCUUGCCUGUCAAGACGCAGCAGGCAGCGGUCAGAACACUGCUGGGCUUCAUCACGAGGAAGGGACGCCUAACUCUACUGGUUUGUCUCGUCCUCUGUUUUACUUGCUGCUGGAUAUCAGCCUGUAG